CAGCGAAAGCGAGCGCAAGCGGAAACUAAAAGAAAGCGACACAACAACAAAGAAGGACGACAAAAGAGGCUGUAAGCUUGUGCGCCGAGGCUAUCGACAAAUUCCCCCCAACGGUCUAAAGUUUCAGAAUGCAAAUGAAUGCGGGAGAACGGGUAUCGGUGCGACAGCCCCCAGCAACGCAAUCCAAGCAGCUUUAACUAGGGAAACCAUGCGCAAUGGGAAAUAUACUGACCCAAGCGAUUGUACGACAUGUUGGACGAUCGUGUUUCGAGUUAACAAUCGUUCCAAUCGGCGCGAGUUCCUCGAACAGGGGAGUUGCGGAGAGAGAUUGCGCCAGGAGCGCGGGUGGAAUGCUCUCAAUUCACUUUCAAUGGUUCCUAGGUCGGUUCCUCGGCGAAAGUUUCAGCGACGAGUGAUAGGCGGUUGACAAGAUGAAAGGUGGGUACCGCUGAUUCGUUGUCAACAGUGUACGAUUGAUCUCGAUGAAACGUGAAGCACAACGGAAUGGUGAGUUUAAAGAAGAAAAUGGACAAGAGGCACCUUUUCUUUUGAUGAGUGCCUGGGAAAGCUGCCCGCGCCACCUUUUUCCCCAAGCAAAGCAAAAGCGCGAGGCACAGCUGGUCUUGGCGGGGGGUUUACGUUUGUUGACCAAGAAACGGAGGGAUCAGCAGAGGUUUGUGGACCAAGAUAACAAACUAAUUAAUGGGGAGGAUCUGACUAGAGGGAAGAAGUUGAAUGAGGUACGAAUGAGAUUUCCUUUUUCAGCCGACGAUCGUGAAGUCAGGUGGGAACAUAACAAAAAAACACCGACAGUGGGGCCCCAUUGGACGGGAGGAUUCAUAUUACGGUACCGACCGUACGGAGUAUCUUUGCUUCUCUCUGUUGUCUCUCUACAGACUACUACUAGUACUAAUACUCCAGAGGUAGCAUCUGGAUAUCUCCCUUGAUCGUGAGAGAAUCUCUCCGUCUCAGCACCACGGAGAAUUACUGACAGAAUCAGAAAGAUUAAUUCCCUAGAAACGAAACCCUGUCAGCCGUGGAGACUCUCUCUAUUAGUUUGGUAGAGUUGCAC